AUGGCUGAAAAGGAUGCAAAAACAACAUGUAAUACUAUUGGUGACAAUAAAAGCAAGAAAAAAUCGAAUACUUCUCGAUUACGUCCACAUCCUCGUGUUAUUGAAAAUUUUCUUGUUGUCUGGCUGGAUUUAAAUCUUGAUGAUAUCAUUGAUGAUGAUUGUCGUGAUGAUGUUGAUCAAUUACGAAGUGUUGUUAAUACUGUGAAAACAUACAACAAUAUUGAUCAUUGUAUCGAUUUCCUUAGUGAUAUUAAAGAUGAAAAAGUAUUUAUGAUUGUAUCUGGUGCUCUUGGUCAACAAAUUAUUUCUUAUAUUCAUGAUAUACCACAACUUCAUUCCAUUUAUGUUUUUUGUGGCAGUAAAGUAAAACAUGAAAAAUGGGCACAAGAUUGGCCCAAAAUAAUGGGUGUUUUUACACAAAUUCGACAUAUUUGUGAUGCAUUGAAACCAGCUGCUCAAAAGUGUGAACAAAAUUUUACACCUGUUAGUUUUAUUACAGCAAGUGAAGUGUCUGAUCAAAUUUUAGAUCAACUCGAUCAGUCAUUUAUGUAUACACAAAUACUUAAAGAAAUCAUAUUCGAAAUAACAUAUAAUGAACAAUCUAUUAAAGAUUUAGUUCCUUAUUGCCUAGAACAAUAUACGGGUAAUGAGAAUGAAAUACAAAUUAUUGAAGGUUUUGAAAAAAAUUAUCGUAAAAAUUCGCCAAUCUGGUGGUAUACUUACCCAUGUUUUAUUCAUUCAAUGCUUAAUCGAGCUUUACGUACACAUGAAGUGGAUACCAUUAUUAAAAUGGGAUUUUUUAUACAAGAUCUUCAUCGACAAAUCGAACAACUUCAUAAAGAACAAUCAAAUGAUCAACAAAAACGUUCAUUUAUCGUUUAUCGAGGCCAAGGUUUGUCAAAAGAAGAUUUUCAAAAAUUGAUUAAAGCCAAAGGUGGACUCAUGUCGUUCAAUAAUUUUUUAUCAACAAGUAAAAAGCGUAAAGUUUCAUUGGAAUUUUCACAAGAUGCUUUAAAUAAUAUUGAUGUAAUCGGUAUUCUCUUCAAAAUGAUUAUUGAACCAUCGAAUUUAUCGACUCCUUUUGCAUUAAUUGAUGGUGUGAGUUAUUUCACAUCAGAGCAAGAAAUUCUUUUUUCAAUGCAUACUGUUUUUCGUAUUGGUGAAAUCAAACAAAUCGAUGAUAACGAUCGACUCUAUCAAGUAGAACUUAAAUUGGCAAGUAUUAAAAAUCAACAAAUUAUUGCUCUUACUGAACGAAUGCGAGAAGAAACUCGUGGAUCAACAGGAUGGCAUAGACUUGGUAUGUUUCUUAUCAAAUUAGGCAAAUUCGAUAAAGCUGAACAAGUAUACAAAGCAUUAUUUGGUUUGACUACUGAUGAUAAAGAACAAGCAUUACUUUAUCAUCAACUUGGAUUAAUUAAACGUAAUCAAGGUGAUUAUGAAGAAGCACUUUCAUCGUAUGAAAAAGCACUUGAAGUUUAUCAAAAAAUUCUUCCGGAAGAUCAUCCCGAUUUGGCUACUUCUUAUAACAACAUUGGUCAAGUGUAUCAUAACAUUGGUCAAUAUUCGAAAGCACUUUCAUUUUAUCAAAAAUCACUUGAGAUUUACCAAAAAACUCUUCCUUCAAAUCAUUCAUCAUUAGCAAUAUCAUACAAUAACAUCGGUUUAGUUCAGACAUAUAUGGGCAAUUAUUCGAAAGCACUUGAAUCUCACCAACAGGCGCUGGAAAUUGAACAAGAUAGUCUACCUUCAAAUCAUCCUUAUUUGGCUAUAUCCUACAAUAACAUCGGCUUAGUAUAUAAAAAUAUGGGAGACUACUCAAAAGCACUCGAGUCACACGAAAAAGCACUUGAAAUUGAACAGAAAACAUUACCAUCAAAUCAUCCAUCGUUAGCAACCUCAUAUAAUAACAUUGGCUUACUCUAUGAUAAUAUGGGUGACUACUCGAAAGCACUUGAAUUUUACGAAAAAACACUGGUAAUCUAUCAAAAAACUCUUCCAUCAUAUCAUCCAAAUUUGGCGACAUCCUAUAAUAACAUUGGUUCGGUGUAUACAAAUCUGGGAGAGUACUCAAAAGCACUUUUGUUUUAUGAAAAAGCAUUGGAAAUUGAAGAAAAAGCACUUCCGUCGGAUCAUCCUAAUUUGGCAACCUCUCAUAGUAAUAUGGGUAUAGUAUAUAAUAAUAUGGGCGACUAUUCGAAAGCACUUGAAUCGCACGAAAAAGCACUUGAAAUUCAACAACAAUCACUUCCUUCGGGACAUCGAAUAUUGGCUACUUCGUAUAACAACCUGGGCUCCGUAUAUGACACCAUGGGCAAAUAUACAGAAGCACUUUUGUAUUAUGAAAAAACUCUUGAAAUUGAACGAAUAACUCUGCCUCCCAAUCAUCCUGAUUUAGCUACAACGUAUAACAACAUUGGUUUACUGUAUGAUAAUAAAAAAGAAUACGAUACUGCGUUAUCAUAUCACAAAAAAGCACUUGAAAUCUAUGAAAAAGCGCUGCCACCUAAUCAUCCCGAUUUGGCUAAUUCUUACAAUAGUAUUGCGUCGACAUAUGAAAAGAUGAAAGAUUACACAGAGGCACUUUCAUUUUAUAAAAAAGCACUUGAAAUUCGAAAACAAAGUCUCCCUUCGAAUCAUCCCGAUUUGGCUACGUCCUAUAGCAAUCUAUGGCAGUUAUAUCAAGCCAUGGGUGAUAAUAGGCAAGCAUUUUUGAUUUAUCAACAAUCUCUGGAAACUCGUGAAAAACCUACUACAUCCGAUCGUUCAGAUGUGGCUCAAACGUAUAAUGCUAUUGAACAAGUAUUUGAGAACAAAGAGGAGCCAUCAAAAACAUUAUCAUUUAUCAAACCUAUUAUUAAAAACAUACGAAUUUCACAAUUACCAAAACAAUUCCGUAUGAAAAACUUUCGAAUGAAAUUGAGAUUAAAAACCAAAAAAACGUAG